CCCAAAUUAAAGUAUGCAGACGGGGCAGGCUGCCGGUGGACCGCUUCAAACUGAGUCUACAGCCGGGGUGAGAUCAGACGUCGCAGAGAUAUGGGGCAGCCCUGAUCCGCGGGUUUUCGGAGAGGGGAAGAUGCUGCUGCCGCUGCCGCUGCCGCUGCUGAUGGUGAUGCUGAGGUUGCUGCUGAGCCCCGCCGGCUGCAGCGGAUCGCUGUAGUCAGUCUGCACAGAGCGGAGGGAAGCACCUUCAACACCGCCUGCAUAGACCGGUUCACUCAUACUGACCUGGACCAUGAGCAAUGAUCUGCCUGUUCUGACAAGUCUGACUGAGAGCUCCACUGAUGUGCCGGUGUCAGCCGGUCAGGUGGAGAACUAUGUCCUGCUGUUGGUGUUGCUGAGUGUUUUCGCUGGGGGGACGCUGGUCCUGAUCUCCCUCCUGCUCCUCUUCUGUCACCGCUGCUGCAUGGGUGGCCGACGCUACUCCAGAGCGAGCGAUGACCCUGAGAAGACAAAUACCACUUAUGCUGAGGAUUCUCAGCCCACACAAGAAAUCACCAUUCGUCUAGAUGAAUCAGAUGGUCUCUCAGCGUCGAGCUGUCACGAUGGAGAGUCAGAGCGAUUUGUCUCCACUGGGUCUACUGGCCGAAGAGUCUCCUUCAAUGAGUCUGCACUUUAUGAACAGGAGAGGACGACUCAGGACAAAGGGCGCAGGUACACUCUGACUGAAGGAGACUUUCACCACCUGAAGAAGGCCAGACUGACCCACCUUCACCUGCCCCCAGCACCGUGUGACCUAAAAAUACUCACAAUCAUGGAGUGCGACUCAACGGAGAGCAGCACCAUUAACAUCAGUGAGACUGCAGCUCCCAAACUACCCCUCACAAUCUACCAGCCUGCUAAAAAAAGAGUCUCUGACUGGAUGGGACAGAGCGUCAGCGGGGGUCUGCCAGGAGACCCACACCACUCCGUCAUCCUGGAUGAGGAGCCCAGGCGGUCCUUAUCAGCCUUGAAACCACAGCACACGUGCUCCCAGACAAUGGAGGCUAUUGACGACAGGGGAGAGGCAGAGAGCGAGAUGAGUCAAGCUAUGGGCCAAGGUUCAGUUCUGCAUUUCUUCUCCAAACUGCGGCGUCACGCUAGUCUGGAGGGGGCGGGGCCUUACUUCAGGAGGUGGAAGUUUGACACCACACAUCGGGCUGCAAGUCUGGAUGCCAAAGGAUCCCCCAAGAGAAGGCCCUUUCAGAGACAGAGAGCAGCCAGUGAAACCACUGAUCACACUGAGGAUGACUCUUCUCCUCUCCGAGAUGAGGCCAUUGAAUCUUUCCCACAUACGCCCAUCCAGACUGGUGGCCUCCAGUCCCUCUCUGCAGAGUCUCUCUCACAUCCCCAAAUUGCACCCGCAUCUUCAGUCUUCCUUAGCAGGUUAAAGCUGGAGGCCAUGGUGGAGGUAGGUGGUAGCAGCACCAGAAGAGAAGAAUUCAGUUUGCCACCAGAUGUUUGUUUCGCCCUGAGGCAAGAGGAGGUCACAGUCAAUGGAACAGGAGCAGAGAAAGAGAGAGUUGUAGGAACAGCAGCAGUGGGAGGAGAUGGGCGAGAGUCAGCAGAUGAAGAUGACAUGUUUGAGGCACAUCAAGAAGCUGUCAUUCAGGAAAGAUUUGAAGACAUGUUGGGGAAAGAUGCAAAAACAGAUGGUGUGGUGGCAGAUGUGAGGAAAAAGAAUGAGGCAGAGGCAGAUGAUGGAGAUGAGGUGGUGUUGGGAGCUGAAGCCAGACAAAGGACUGACUCUGGCUCAUCACUUUCCUUCAUGCUUCGCCAGGAGAGCUUGGAGGUGCCUCCUUCCCUGUACAGAGACAUUUGGAGCUUGCGAGCCUCUUUGGAGCUGUAUGCCUCCUCAGACCAGAGCAGCACAGACCGAGAGUCCAUCCGCAGUGAUGCGGACAGCACCUCGUCCCUCGGUGGUGCGGGAACUCGUUCUGGCCUCGACAGCUGCUUGUCCCAAGACCUGGAUGACGAGCCUGAAGGAGAAGGGGAGGGAGAGGGGUUGGAAGGGGGAACCAGAGGGGCAUCGGGUUUAGACAGUGAGAUGGGAGGCGGACCUGUGGGAGAAUCUGAGGGGGGGAACAGAAAGCUCCUUCAGAUGGACAGCGGUUACGCCUCCAUCGAAGCUCCAUCCAGGGCCCCUGAGGACAUGCGUCUGUUUGGAACUCCUGGAGCGCCGCGAGGAAAAACAGCAUCUGAGAGAAGGUUGUUUUUCACCAACUCUGGAAGAAAGGGUUCAGUAUGCGAGAGCAUUGAGGCCAAGCUGUUUCAGGAGGAGCUGGAGGACGAGAUGGCAAACAGCACCGAGACAGAUGAGAAGCUAAAGGAAAAAUCCCAGAGUGGCAGCCAAACUCUCACCCUUCAAGAACCAUAUCAACCCCUGAAAUCUCUUCACCCUCAGAAAUCUCCAGAAUCACAAUCACAGCUGAUGUCUCCACUUGUGAAAACAAUCCCACAGCCCACCAGUCCUCACCGAACGCGUCUCCGCCGCCGUGACUACAGCAUAGAUGAGAAGACAGACGCUCUCUUCAAUGAAUUCCUUCGCCAUGACCCGCGGUUCGACCAGCAGGACUCUCCGUUACGUUCCAGGCACCGAUCCAGAGUUCACCUCCGGAAGCAGUGGCAAAGACAUAAGCAAUACAGCGACCCUGGCUCAAGCUCUGGGGGAAGAUACUCCCCUUCUUUGGAGAGGCAGAGGUUCACUCCACUGAGGAGAGGGGACAGUGCUGGUUACCCUCUGGACACCAGAUAUCACAGCACCCUCUCACGCAUUGCAAGUGCUGCUGAUGAAGAAGCCAGCGAGGUUGCGGCUUCUGAGGAGGCAGCCAAAGAAAGACAGGAGAGCACAGAUCCAUUACGCGAAGGCGCUGCAGAGGAGUCCCCACAAAAUGUUGCCAACAAAACAUCUGAAGAAGCCGAUGCAACAAAGAGCAAUUCUUGUAGUGCAGCUUCAGCUGGCGAGACUGAUGGGUGCCAAGUCUCUGCAGACUGGGACACAGAAAGCACAACCUGCCAGUCUGAAACCACUGUGCCUGCACAAAUGGGCUUCAUGGACCCAAGAGUUGACAACAAGAACAACAACAGCAGUCAGGCUAUCCUAUCAGAGGUUUCCCUGCAGGCAGAGAGCAGUCUGACAGACAAGCUGGCUGUGUCAGUGGAAGAGAGGCUUUACAGCGGUCUGCGCAGCGCAGAGAUCAGCCAGGGGGAAUCGGAGCAUGUGCUUACCGUGUCUCACACAGCCUCACCUGGAUUCAGUCCCAUGUGAUCUCGUUAACAUCUUUUUUCCAUCACUAUUUCCAGUCUGUUGUCUAUAGAAGGCACACCCAGACAAACAGGUCUACAACAGUUCAAACAUCCUGUGUUUCUGUGUCAGAUGUCUUCAAAAGGACAGACCUACCUUCUUGCUCCUCGAGCAGUUCAAUUCAGACCUUAGCUGUCACUGUGAUGCCAUGUGACACGUGAUAACCUUUCCAUUGGUAAUCAUGGAAAAAAAAAAAAGAAAUGCACUCAUAGCUUUGAAAAAUAUCAACCCAUCGUUAAAAAAAAAACUAAAUAUUUUCAGACUUAACUGUGAAUUUUUAGCAUGCUACUGUAGGUCUGAACGUCGUAUGUGAAUACUGUACAGUUUUAACUUUAAAACAAAAAGCACUUUGAUGGGAAGAAAGACGAUGGUGUUUGUCACCCAUUUUUUUCAUUUUAAAACCAUAUCCUCCUCAAGUGUCCUUCUUGUCUCGAGCAUCAUGAGGUUAAAUGUCUAUGUGAGCUGUUGUAUCAGAACAAUGCUGACCCUGUUAAACAAAAAAAACAAACCAAACAUUACAAUUCUUCAGUCCUUGCAGCCCCCUCUUUCAUAAACAUAUCAAAUUAAAAACAGAUGGGACACACAAUACAGUCACCAGGCAUUUUUCUACUCAUAUUUUACCCGUUUUUAUUCUUGUUAGCAAUCUGUCCCUCAUGCAUCAAUCAGGUUGUCCAGGAGGAGUGGAGUGCUGCUGAGGGAAGACUGACAGAUGAUGUUGAAGUAGUGACACAGUAGCCUCUCAGGCUUUUAGACAGAUGCUUUGGUGAUGGAGAGCUGCUGCCUUGAGGCACGGAGGCUGGAAUAGCAGCAGCAUUAUCGGUUAUGAAACGCCAUCAGAAAGGGAGUGCAGUGGGAGUGUGUGUUACUAAAUAAAAGUAUGGUGAUUUGCUGUAUUUCUCAAAAUCAGAAAUGAAUUAAUCUUACUGAACGAUGGCCGGGUAGGCAAAGUCUGACUCCUUCAUGCCAUAGAGCUGCAGAUUUGUUGUCUAAACAUUAUUACAUAAACAUCAGUGAGUCACACUGUUGGACUGAAACGUCAUUACAAUAAGAACAGCUACUGAGUCCCACAGACAUCUUCCUGUUGCCGUAAAUACACAC